UUAAAUGGUAGAAAGGAGAAAUUUAUAAAGAGCUCAUAUUUCAAAUCAAUAACACCACGAAUGUAAUAUUAGACAUAUAUGGAAGAUCGAAGGUCAGAAUUGCGAUUACUACUGAUUCUUGUAUCAGAAAUGUUCUACCGUUUUCUCUUUUAUGGUAAACGCGUCGACCUCGUUAUCAAUAUCAGUUUUUAUACGAUAUACUCGUACGACGACUCUUAAUAGAUCGUCCUCCCAUUCUGAGAGAACGUCUAUAUUCUGUCUUGGACUUUGAUACGUGCAUCAAGUGUUUCUCGAGUUUCGAACUUUAUCUUUUUAUACUUUUCAUUAUACUAUAAACAAUAUCUUUUGUAUAUAUACAAACAUUUUGUAUAUAUAUAUACACACAUUCUUUGCUCUUUGGCGCUUUAUUUUACUACUGUGCAAGUGAUCAAUCGAGUGAUUACCAACGAUAUAGCUAUCUGUAAUUAUUAUUGCAAUAUGUAGUAUUACGAUUUGAAAUUCUUAAACAGUUAGACUCGUUCGAAAGAUGAAAUAUGCAGUGAUCGGUGCAGGAGCGGCAGGUUUAGCGGCUCUUCGACAUUUCACUUCCGGUACUUACAAAGAUGAAAUCGUUUGCUACGAGAAAACGGAAGAAAUCGGUGGCACUUGGGUUUAUAGAGAAGAAACUGGUUUGGAUCGGUACAAUUUACCGAUUCAUACCAGCAUGUACAAAAGUUUAAGGACGAAUCUACCGAAAGAAGUGAUGGGUUUUCCUGAUUUUCCGAUACCAGAUCGACCAGAGAGUUACUUGACGCGCAAUGAAAUACUUCAGUUUCUUAAUUCCUAUUGCGAUCAUUUUAAAUUGAGAGAAUACAUUCGCUUUCUUCAUCACGUUGAAUACGUAGAACCUAUCUCGGAGGAUCGUAAAUGGUCAGUUAAGGUCAGAAAUUUGAAGGAGAACGUUGUUAAAACUGAGACGUUCGAUGCAAUUAUGAUUUGCAAUGGUCAUUACUUCGAACCCUUUACUCCAAAUUUAAAAGGUCAGGAUGUUUUUCAAGGAGAUCAACUGCAUAGCCAUGAUUACAGAGUACCGGCCAUUUUUAAAGACAAAACUGUCGUUGUCCUUGGUGCAGGUCCUUCCGGUAUGGACUUAGCUCUUGAAAUAUCGACGAGUGCAAAACGUGUAAUUUUAAGUCAUCAUUUAAAGGAGCCGAUACUGACAAGAUUUCCCGAUAAUGUGAUUCAGAAAUCCGACCUCGUAGAGUUAACCGAACACGAUGCAGCUUUUUUAGACGGCAGUAAGGAAACGAUCGACGUUAUAUUCUAUUGUACAGGAUACAAAUACAGUUUUCCUUUUCUUUCGGAAAAAUGUGGUAUUCGCGUGGAUUCGAAUAUGGUAACGCCACUUUGGAAACAUCUUGUGUCUAUAGAAAAUCCUACUCUCGCAAUUGUCGGAUUACCAUUUUACGUUUGCGCCUUUAGUAUGUUUGAUCUGCAGAUACGAUUUCUUUUGCGGUUUUGGCAUGGAGAAAAAUCCUUUCCUGAGAAAGCAAUGAUGUUACGAGAAGAGUCGGAAGAAUUGAAAAGACGUAUUCGAAAUGGAUUGAGUAAAAGACAUUUUCACAUGAUGGGUACAGAGCAAGGUGAAUAUUACGAUGACUUGGCAAAUACAGCUGAAAUAACUCGACUGCUUCCGGUAUUAGUGAAGUUGCAUAACGAGAGUAGUAAACGUUUUUUGGAUGAUUUGGUGCAUUAUCGAGAAGAUAGGUAUAGGAUUAUUGACGAUUAUAACUAUGUGCAACUCUGAAGAUAUAGUUUGUAGAAAAGAAUAAAAAUAAACGAAAAAAAAAAGAAAAAAGUAAACAAAU